AUGCUAACUAAGGAGGUUCAAGGACAAUCAGAAAUAAAUACAUCUAAAGAGUUGACAAUACAUGAUCAGAAUAAACAAAAAUACUUUGCUCUAAAUGAGAUUUUUGCCUAUGAUUGUAGCUAUGCAAAAUAUAAAUCAAGAAAAAUGAAAAGGAACAUGAGCAGAUGCAGCACCAUAGCAGCUGUAACCAAUCACAAUGUGCCACAUGCCAAGAAGAAAGCUAAAAUAAAUGGCAGAGAGUUUAAUGUAAUACCUAAGAUCCAAGAUCAACAACAUAAUACUCAUCUGGAAAAGUAUGAACAUGUUUGUCCAAACUGUGAUAAAGUUUUCCGUGCAAAGUCAGAUCUGAUUAGGCACCAGAGAACUCAUGCAAAAGAAAAGCUAUAUGUGUGUCUAAAAUGUGGGAAAGGUUUCUAUGAACGUUCACAUCUAGUAACACAUGAUAGGACCCAUACAGGGGUAAAGCCAUAUAUAUGUCCUGAAUGUGGAAAAGGCUUUGCUCAAAAACCAAGUCUAAUUAAACACUAUAGAAUUCAUACAGGGGGGAAAGGCUUCUCUGAUAACUCCGGUUUAGUUUCACAUUUCAGAACUCACACAGGAGAAAAGCCGUUUGUUUGCACUGAAUGUGGAAAAAGUUUUUCUCACAAGGCAAGUCUGCUUAAACAUCAAAAGACACACACAGGAGAAAAGCCUUAUGUAUGUCCUGAAUGUGGAAAAGCUUUCUCUCAAAGAUCGAACCUGUAUAUACACCACAGAACUCAUAAAGGAGAAAGGCCGUAUAUCUGCAGCAAAUGUGGAAAAAGCUUUGCAGAAAACUCACAUCUGGUUAAACAUCUUAGAACGCAUUCAGGAGAGAAGCUGUAUAUUUGUCAGUAUUGUGGAAAAGGGUUCUCUGGUAGGUCUUAUCUACUAAAACAUCACCGAAUACAUAAAUAAAAUAAACCAUAUGAUGAGUGAAGGGAAUUUUUAGCUAAGGUUAAACAGGUUGAAUUUUUGUUCUCCAGUAAAUAUCUUCAUCUAAGAGGUUAGUCCAUCCUCUUUGCUGACAAACUUGAAAAUAGCAGUACUCCAGGAACAUAAAAGGCCUAGGUCUGGAGGCAUAAAUAUAUAUACUAAAACAUAAAAAUAUGUACAGUAUGUGGGGUUUUUACAUAUAUGAGUAAAUAAAGGAUUUUAUGGUGUAAAUGUAAGAAAUCCAUGUUUUCAUCACUCAUUGUGGAAGCCACAAAUGCACAGAUAACCUACCAAAACAAAGAUUAAUGAGCAAAUUGUUGAAUCCAAAAUGGCAGAUCACCUACUAUUUUGUGAAUGUAUGUGGUGUAUACCACACUGCUGCCAUGGAGAUGUCUAAAGUAGAGGCUUUUGCUGUUGAGAAGGUAUCAACUGUAAUAGCUGAGUGUGCCCUCAAGGUAAGAGGAACCACUUGUUAUGUUUAAUACUAUGAGAAUGCAUAAAAUAGUCCAUAUUGCUAAGGAUCGCUUUUGUCGCUGGAUGCAGAUCUUUCUUAAGAUUUAAGGAAAUCCUGAACUUACUUCACCAUUUAAUGUGGAAAAUAUGCCACAUUGCGUUUUACAGCAUCUGAAGUAUAAACUCAUUGUGAAAUCUGUCUUGGAAUAAAGACAAGAGGAAGACGGAUUUCCUGCUUAAUGUGGAAUCUAGUACCUGCCUUAAGUAGAAAGUUGGCAACUGCUUUUAGGAUUAUAUAGUUCUGAUGGAACUUCAGAUGUGGUCCUACAGAUUAUUCUCUAAAUCUUCUAGCUGAGUUGAUAGCUAGAUUAAUGUUAAGAGUUAUAUUCCAGCAGAAGUGAAAAUGAGGUAACAACAAGGUAGAAUUAAAU